AGCCAAUGACUCGGAAUGAUGGAUUCUCAGAAGAUUGGAAAUGGUUUGCCUGUGAUUGGACCAGGGACUGAUAUAGGGAAAUCUUCACUCCACAUGGUGGGGUAUUUGGGAAAAAGUUGUGAUUUAGUUAAAAUUCUAUCAAAUGAGUAUUGCCCUGCUUGUAGAGAAAAAGGAAAGUUAAAAGCCUUGAAGACUUACCGAAUUAAUUUUGAAGAGUCUAUCUUUUUAUGUGAGGAUUUGCAGUGCAUUUAUCCUUUGGGCUUUAAAUCACAUCAUAACUUAAUUUCUCCUAAUUUGGAUGAUUGUCACACUCCAAAUAAGCCUCAAAAAAGAAAGAUUUUGGAAACCAACAAUAAAGAUUCCCAUUUCUUGUCAAAUUCUAAAAAGACAAAAAAUUGUGUUGAUGAUGAACAUGUUUUGAACCACAUACAUAAUGGAGAAGAAUAUGAUAAAACCUCAUCAAAUUUACAACACAGUCAUCAACAGACUUCAAUUAAGACAGUUGAUAACUUUGAGCAAAAUGAAAUUUUGGAAGCUGAUACUGUUGACAUGGCUGUGGAUGAAGAUUUUUCUGCAGUUAAUGACUCUGGAACUGGAGGAACGACCUCUCAGAAUGAAGGUUGCACAUCUCAGUUGGAAGGGCCAUUGGAGAGCACAACAUCUGCCCAGACUUCAUUUGUGCAGUGGGAAAAUGCUGACGCUCUCUGUUGGUUAGACUGUAUACUGUCAGCAUUGGUGCACUUGGAAGUGCUAAAAAAAACAGUGAUGGAUCUGAACUCUAAGGAGGAAUCUGUCUUCCAGAGAUUGUUUACAAAAUACAAGGAAGCCAAUAAGCUCUACAGCUCUCAUCCAGGUAGGUCUAAAGAUGGAAAGUAUGAAAAGCUUAAUCCAGAAGUGAUUAGAAAGAUAGAGACCUCUCUAAAUGAAAUCAGAUCGGACAUUUUUAUUAGACUACAACCUCAGCUUAGAUGUACAUUAGGUGAUAUGGAAAGCCCGGUAUUUGCAUUUCCCCUGCUUUUAAAUAUAGAGCCCCAAGUGGAAAAGCUUUUCAAGUAUUCUUUUUCUUGGAACUUUGAAUGUUCACAGUGUGGCUACAAGUAUAAAAACAGGUGUACGAAGAAUCUGGUCACUUUUACGAAUGUCAUUCCUGAGUGGCACCCACUUAAUGCGUUCCACCUUGGCCCAUGUAACUAUUGCAAAAGCAAGCCACAAAAAAGAAAAAUGGUAUUGGAAAAAGUAUCUUCCAUAUUCAUGUUGCACUUUGUGGAAGGCUUACCACAUAAUGACUUGCAGUGCUAUUCAUUUCAUUUAAAAAGAUGUCUUUAUCAGAUAACUACAGUAAUUCAGUACCGAGCAAAUAAUCAUUUCAUAACGUGGAUUUUAGAUGCUGAUGGAAGUUGGCUGGAAUGUGAUGACUUAAAGGGGCCAUGUUCUAGGAAGCAUAAGAAAUUUGAAGUGCCUGCAUCAGAGAUUCAUAUAGUUAUUUGGGAAAGGAAAACAACCCAAAUGACAGACAAAACUACUAUCUGUCAUCCACUGAUAAAGACUAUUGAUCAGUAUGCUUUGGGUGAUGAAAAACAGUUAUCUCCAUCAGUGAAUUUUGUGAGUCAUCCCACCUCAGCUAAAAUAUCCUCAGGAAUUCACACCACAGAUAUAUCCAUUGCUUCGAAUACUCUUUCACAGGAUGCAACUAACGCUCGUGGACAUGAUGCUGUCUUUUUGACACUUGAAGAACUAGAUUUCCUAUUAAAAAAUAAGCCUGUAGCAGAAGACAAAAGUGUUGUCAAGCUAGAUACUUUUUCAUCACAUGAGUCAAUAAGGCCUUCAAUAUCAGCUCCAUGCAAGGAAAAACUCACCCAAGAUGAAUAUGUGGCUUUUAGAUUUCCAUCUCCAGUCAUAAAUACAAAUGCACAGUCAGUGCAACUAAGUACAAAACACACCGUCAAUGCUAGCACCGUGAAGGCUGUCGACACUCAUCCCAUACAAGGAAGUACAGAGCAGCAUACUGUCAGUGGUAGCAUGGUGCAGACUGUUCACAUUGCUGAUCCUAUACAGGGAAGCACAGAGCACACCAUCAGUGUUAGCACGGUGAGGACUGUUCAUGCUGCUAGUCCUAUCCAGGAAGUAAAAUCAGUAGAAAUCAAGGGUGUAGCUGCUCCAGAGAAAGACACUUCAUUAAAACAGUUUCUUUCACCAAAAAUUCAGACCCUAAAUCUAGUACACAGCCCAUCUUUAGAGGCAAAUUUGAAGAAAAAAGAAAUGAGGGCAUCUUCCCAAACUCAAACAGCCAAAUUGCUACAGAACCCAUCUCUGAAAGAAAAUCAGAAGAAACCAUUUGUGGGCAGUUGGGUUAAAGGCUUACUAAGCAGGGGUGCUUCUUUCAUGCCACCUUGUGUUUCUGCGCAUAAUAGAAAUAAGGUGACUGACUUGCAGCCGUCUGUUAAGGGAGCAUGUAACUUUGGUGGCUUUAAAACUAAAGGUAAGAAUCAGAAGGCUAGUCGGGAAUCCAAGAAAUUUAACAGAGGUGCAAGUAAAUCAUUGGGUGACACAGCCUCUCAGCUACAUGCUAAUGUUAAUGUUGGUGCAGAACUUUUGAAGAAAUAUAGAACUGCCUCCUCUAGAAGUCAGCUAAAUCAUGGUUCUCAUGAAAAUAAAAAUGAUGUUUCUCUUGAAAACAGUGUUUCUGCAACAAACCACAGAGACUCUGUUGAGGCUCAAAUCCAUAAACUUCGUCUAAAACUUCUUAAAAAGCUCAAAGCAAAAAAGAAGAAAUUAGCUGCACUUACAUCUUCACCCAGAAAUGAAACAUUUUCAAGUGAAAGUUUAGAAGGGUCUCAGGGUUCUCCAAAUGAAUGUGAGUCAAUAGAAGACUUACUAAAAGAACUACAAUAUCAGAUUAAUACGGCCGAUAAUAAAUCUGAAUGCACCACAGUCUCUGGUGUUUCAUCCUAUAGUAGUCAAACUCAUGAAGAAAUUUUAGCAGAAUUGCUGUCUCCAACAACUGUUGUUUCAACAGAGCUCUCCGGAAAAGAGGAGGCUGACUUCAGAUAUUUAGAAAUGGGGGAUAAUCACAUCCUAGCACCAGUAGCUAGUGAAUUAAACAGUAACCUCCAAGACACUCCUUCAACACAGGACCAUAAUUAUUGCAGCCCUAGCAAGAAGAAUCAGUGUAGAGUUCAACCAGACUCUCUGAGCUUGGAGAAUUCUCUGAAAACUGAUAUUUUUGAUGAGUUUUUUUCUACUACUACAUUCAAUAAUUUAGCAAAUGACACAUUAGACUUACCUCAUUUUGAUGAAUAUAUCUUUGAAAGUUGUUGAAUUAUUUUUAUUUUAGUCUAAUAUUUAUUGCUCUUAUGAAAUUUACUUUGUUUUUAGGUAAUGUUCAAUAAACUUACUUUGUCAUGAACAGAAUCUAUGCUGAAGGUCAUACUCUGGGUUCUUCCCCAAAAGCAUGUAAGGUCUUAUAAAUCACAGUGAUCAGGGAUUUGUUCUCCUGAUUGUACUUCACCUUGUGGUUGGAGAAAUCAAUGAGAAUUUCAAAAUGUUAAAAAUAAAAAAGUAUUGUCUGGA